UUCACCAGUCCUUGACCGAUGUCGGGCCGCAGUCAGGUGUUGCCAUCAUUGCUACUAUACUGUUAUUUCGUACGUAGUACGGCCCAGAGACUUUAACGCUUCCGUGUCGCGUAUAUAUAUAUAUAUACCUAUACCUACAAGUACACCGACCGGUUACGGAAUCGUUUUUUGAUUUUUGUUCUGUUCCAAACGCGGUUUUCGAUAAUUCCGUAUUUUAAUUGUGCGUUUUUCCCAACCGCAGCAGAGUACAGUCGUCGAGUAAACGCGAUUCCUUGUGACACGAGUCGAGUUGGUGGAAUUAUUUGAAUUUCGCCAGGAGAGUCCCACCGAGUUCCCGGACGGCGACCGUAUCGCGAGCACCGGCUUUUAUUCGGCUUAGCAACGGUGACAUUACCAAACACAAAGCGGAAUUAAAUCUACUAAAAUAUGACAACUGCCGGCCCAAGACAUUCCGGUAGUUUGAAAUGGAGGUGGUCGCUCGUCGUCGUAUUCCUCAUAGCAAACGUCGUCUGCGUAUUCGGUCGCACCGCAUUUGAAAAACUCACCGAACUGGACUACAAAGGUACUACAUACUACACGGUGAAGAAUUUGACGCUUUACGAGUGCCAGGGAUGGUGUCGAGAAGAACCGGAAUGUCAGGCAGCGUCGUUUAGUUUUGUUUUAAAUCCACUGACGCCUAUACAAGAGACCGUGUGCCAGUUACAAAACGAAACAACGGCCAACAACCCGGCAGCGGCGCCGCAGCGUUCUGUUAACCUGUAUUACAUGGUGAAAAUGCAAAUACGGUCGGAUAACGUGUGUCUAAGGCCUUGGGCGUUCGAAAGGGUCCCAAACAAAAUGAUCCGUGGAUUAGAUAAUGCAUUAAUCUAUACGUCUACGAAAGAAGCUUGUCUCGCUGCCUGUUUGAACGAACACCGGUUCACCUGUCGUUCUGUGGAAUACAACUACGUGACGUUACAGUGCCAUCUAAGCGAUUCGGACAGAAGAACCACUGGCCAGUAUGUUCAGUUUGUCGAAGCACAGGGUGUUGACUAUUUUGAAAAUCUCUGUAUCAAAGGUAACCAAGCUUGCAAAGGAAACCGUGUGUUCCAAGUGCCCAGAAUUGGCGUGGCCGACGACAAAGUAGCGCAGUACGCGGCUUUACACUAUUACAAUGACAAAGAAUUACAGGUGACUAGCGAAGCGGCUUGUCGGUUGGCGUGCGAAAUCGAAAACGAAUUCCUGUGCCGGUCGUUCAUCUACAAAGGUCCACCCGCAGGGACGGCGUACAACUGCGAGCUGUUCCAUUUGGACCACAAGACCUUGCCGGACGGUCCCAGUACUUAUUUGAACGCCGAACGUCCGCUCAUCGACGACGGUCAGAAAAUAGGCAAUUACUACGAGAACUACUGCGAGAAGUCCACCACGCCACCACACGAGCAGCUUCCAGUUGUGUUUGAGAGCACAGACGACCCGUCUCUGAAUCUGACCAGAACGGACUUGAACUGCGACAAGACCGGCACGUGCUAUGACGUGUCUGUCCAUUGCAAAGACACUAAAAUAGCCGUUCAAGUGCGCACCAACAAACCGUUUAAUGGCAGAAUCUACGCGCUAGGCAGGUCGGAAACGUGUAACAUUGACGUGUUGAACAGCGAUCAAUUCCGGUUGGACUUGACUAUGGCAGGACAAGACUGCAACACCCAAUCAGUGACCGGAGUGUUCUCUAACACGGUUGUCCUACAACAUCAUAGCGUGGUCAUGACGAAAGCCGACAAAAUUUACAAAGUCAAAUGUACCUACGACAUGUCCUCGAAGAACAUAACAUUUGGAAUGAUGCCUAUCAGGGACCCGGAAAUGAUAAGCAUCACUUCCGCGCCGGAAGCACCACCUCCCAGGAUUCGCAUAUUGGAUUCCAGGGCCAGGGAAGUGGAGACGGUGCGCAUCGGCGACAAACUGACUUUCAGGAUUGAAAUACCCGAAGACACGCCAUACGGUAUAUUCGCCAGGAGUUGCGUGGCCAUGGCCAAGGACUCGAAGAGCACGUUCCAGAUCAUCGACGACGAAGGGUGCCCCGUCGAUCCGACCAUCUUUCCCGGAUUUUCGCCCGAAGGCAACGCCCUGCAAUCGAUUUACGAAGCGUUCCGGUUCACAGAGUCGUACGGCGUGAUAUUCCAGUGCAACGUCAAGUACUGCCUGGGCCCGUGCGAACCGGCCGUUUGCGAAUGGGGUAGGGAUUCCAUCGAGUCCUGGGGUCGGCGCAAGAGGUCAGUGGGCACUCCCAACAACGAGACGUCCGAAAACAGCGAAGACAUGACGCAGAUAAGUCAAGAGAUACUCGUGUUGGACUUUGGCGACGAGAAACAAUCGCAGUUCUUGAAGAGCAACGAGCCUUCGUCCACCGACUUCAACAAAGACAAGACAAUCACCAUCGUGGAACCGUGCCCGACCAAAACGUCCGUACUCGCUUUGGGCAUCACGUGCAUGUUGCUCAUAUUAAUAUACGUCAGCACGAUGUUCUGUUAUUACAUGAAGAAAUGGAUGACUCCCCGGAAAAUGAUGGCAUAGUAAAAUAUCGUAUCCUACGUGAAAUAUGUUAAUGAUAUGCCUCAUCUUGUCAAGAAAAGCCAUGAUGGUUAAUAUUAUCCAUUACAAAAAAAUAAAAAUAAAACAACACUAUAAAAAUAAUAAAUUUUAAAAAAAUACAUCCUAUGUAUUUGUGGCUACCCCGCAACCCGUUAUAUAAUUUAAUUUAAAAAAAUUAAUACCACCCCGUUUGUCGAUUAUUUGAUGUACUUACUUUUGAUUAUAAACUUUCAUAAACGAUACCAACGCUCAUCAAUUUAGGUGUAAAAGGUAUAGUAAUAAUUAUAAUUAUAAUGUAAUAAUAAUAAUUUAUGUCGUGUACGAAACGAUGAAAGUACGUACCUAGCUUAUGUAAAUUUUAAAUAUAAUCACUUUGCAUUUUGUACAUACAUUUUAGGCUAAUUCACAUUAUAAGUGUAAGUUUGAUUUUGUGCCUAUUAGAUAACGCACAUUUCCCAUAAAAUGCAUUAGGUACUGACUCUUGCAGUUAAAAUUUUAUUUUUUAAAUUUAUGUUUGUCAUACAUUCAUUAUGUGAUACUUUAUAUGUUUGUGUGUGCGUUAAGUGUACUUGUCAUGAAGAUGAGAAACUUGAUUUUUAUAAAAUAACGUACCUAAAUUUAAAUAAUAAAAAUAAUUAAAAAAAAGACAAAUCUUUUUAGGUAAAGUGUAGGGAAUUCAAUCAAAUUAAGUUUUUCCUCUUCUUGAUGAGUAUUGCUUGAUUUUUAAAUGUAAAAAUAAGUUAUUAAGUGUUUUUCCUCUAUUUAGGCGCUCUCUAAAUGGCCUAAUACUGAUCAUUAGUGCAAUUUGUAGUAGAAAGCGUUUAUUCAUUUACCCCUCCCUCUUCUUCCUCCUCAAUAAAAUGCUAAUAAUAUUAAUAAUUAUAUGUAUUUUAUACUUAAUUUAUUUUAUGUAAGUAUAGUUAUGUAUCCCUAAAUUAUUUAUAUUAUUAUAGAUUUAUUUAUUACAGCCGUAUUAUAUGUAAUGUCU